CACAGCCGGCCGGCCAUGGACGAGAGCAGCCCGCUGGUGUCCCCGCAGCGGGCCCCGGCCGCCGCCGCCUACGGGCUGCCCGCGGGGCCGGGCGGCGCGGUGCGCGCGCCACCCCCCCCCGCCGCCGCGCCCGCGCCCUCCCCGCCCGGCUCCCCGCGCGCCCGCGACCGCGAGCGGCAGCCGCUGCUGGAGCGGGGCGCGGCGGGCGGCCGGGGCCCCGGGGCGGCGCAGGCGGCGGCCCAGGCGGCGGCGCAGGCCCAGCGCGAGCGGAACGACUUCCCCGACGACCCCGCCUUCGCCGAGGUGGUGCGGCUGGCGGAGGCGGCCAGCGAGCGCGGCAUCUUCCCGGAGCGCAUCUACCAGGGCUCCAGCGGCAGCUACUUCGUCAAGGACCCGCAGGGGAAAAUCAUCGGCGUCUUCAAGCCCAAGAACGAGGAGCCCUACGGGCAGCUGAACCCCAAGUGGACCAAGUGGCUGCAGCAGCUGUGCUGCCCAUGCUGCUUCGGGAGAGACUGCCUUGUCCUCAACCAGGGCUACCUGUCCGAGGCCGGCGCCAGCCUGGUGGACCAGAAAUUGGAGCUCAACAUUGUUCCCCGCACAAAGGUGGUGUAUUUGGCCAGCGAGACUUUCAACUACAGUGCCAUUGACCGGGUGAAGUCCAGAGGGAAAAAGCUGGCCCUGGAGAAGGUGCCAAAAGUUGGGCAGCGAUUCAACCGCAUCGGCCUGCCACCAAAGGUGGGCUCCUUCCAGCUCUUUGUGGAAGGCUACAAGGAUGCUGAUUACUGGCUGCGGCGCUUCGAGGCGGAGCCGCUCCCCGAGAACACCAACCGGCAGCUGCUGCUGCAGUUCGAGAGGCUGGUGGUCCUGGACUACAUCAUCAGGAACACAGAUCGAGGCAAUGACAACUGGCUGAUCAAGUACGACUGCCCGCUGGACAGCACAAGUGUGCGGGACUCCGAGUGGGUGGUGGUGAAGGAGCCCAUCAUCAAACUGGCUGCCAUAGACAACGGCUUGGCCUUCCCCCUGAAGCACCCUGACUCCUGGAGAGCAUACCCCUUCUACUGGGCAUGGCUGCCCCAGGCCAAAGUCCCCUUCUCACAGGAGAUCAAAGACCUGAUCCUCCCAAAGGUUUCCGACCCCAACUUUGUCAAAGACCUGGAGGAGGAUCUGUACGAACUCUUCAAGAAGGAUCCUGGCUUCGACCGGGGGCAGUUCCACAAGCAGAUUGCUGUCCUGAGGGGCCAGAUCCUGAACCUGACACAGGCCCUGAAGGAUGGGAAGAGCCCCCUACACCUGGUGCAGAUGCCGCCGGUGAUCGUGGAGACGGCGCGCUCCCACCAGCGCAGCGCCAGCGAAUCCUACACACAGAGCUUCCAGAGCCGCAAGCCCUUCUUCUCCUGGUGGUAGCUGGGCGCUGGGCCCCCUGGGGCUGGCUGGAGCUGUGCUGGCCUGUUCCUGUCUGCUGCUGCGGACCUGCGGCCAGGACUCUACGCUCCGGGAGAGAGCAGGUGCGUCUGGGGGAACUUCCAGCUGAACUCUGCCCGGGCAGAGCCACGGAUUCCCCGUGCUGCGGGGCUUGGACACAGCCUGGCAGAGCCCAGCUCCAGCUGCAAACAGCCCCACUCAGCGGGAGUCCUCAAAGCAGCUGCUGAGUGAGUGGAGCCGGGGCCUGCCUCCUGCAUGUGGUUCUGAGCCCAUCUGCUUCCUGCUGGGGCUGGGAUCCACCCACUCCUCAGGAACCCCGGCUGAUCGCUGGCUGCAGGGGCAUAAAGGCGGCCAGCGUCAGCUGGAAGUGGCCCUGCUGGGCUCCCCCCCUCCCGUGGCUAUUUGGAGCUGGUGUCCCUGGAGAGGAGGCAUGUGCAUGAGUGAGGGUCUGGCACAGGAGGCUCAGGGCUGAGCUGGCAGGGGGCAGCAGGCCUGGGGGGGCCCCCGAACGCCUGCGCUAUGGAGUUUGUAGCUGCCCUUCCUGCAGAGGGGAGAGCAGGGGCUGGAGACUGCGGAUCCCAAGGGAGCCAUGCCAGCCCUUCCCAGCCAGGGGAGAGCCCAGCCUGGCGUAGGGGGGCUGGUGCCUGCUAAGUGAGCUAUGGCUGCUGGAAGGGGGCUGGCUCCAUGCGUCUCCCUCUUCCCCACCCUGUUGCUGCUCCUGCGGCCAGGCGGCUUGCCUCAUGGCCACUGCCCAGUGGCAGUUCUGGGCAUCGUACAGCUAGUUCCCAGGUUGGGCCUGGGCCAAGCUCUUCCUCCUGGUCCUGCCCCAAGCCCCCUGGGGUGGCCUAGCGCUAGCACCGGGGCUCAGGCUGUGCUGUCCCCCUUGGGGCAGGGGGGUUGGGCACAUUCCCCUCCAUGAACAGAAGGAGGUGGGGGGGAGCCAGGAGCUGGGGCCAUGUGUGCUGGAGCUGGCCAGGGGCUUCGUGGGCUGUGGCUGCUGCUAGCAAGCAGGAGGGAAGAUUCCAUCUUUCUGGCUGCUGCUGCAACCUGACCUGAGAUGUAUCGUUCUCAUGCACUGUAGAAAUGUAUGUAAUGUAUUUAAACCCAUGCACCAGCUGA